AUGAAUACUACAUCAAGCAGUGUUAGUAGUGCUCUUUUAGCUGCACCUUAUCAAUUGAAUAUGUGGCUUGGUUUAUUUAUUUGGGGAGCAGGUAAUCUUGGUUCUAUUGGAAAUAUGAUAGUAUUUAGUUCACGAACAUUUCGCAAACGAGCUUAUUCAGUUUAUUUAUUAUCAGAAGCAAUGUCGGAUUUUAUUUACUUUGAUUUUCUAUUACUUACAAGAGUACUUCAAAAAGGAUUUCAAAUUCCAAUAACUACACGUUAUGAUGUUCUCUGCAAACUUCGACAAUUUGUUUCUGUCUGGAGUCAUCAAGUUUCAUUUAAUUUAUUUUCAUUUGCAACAAUUGAUCGACUUUUAUCUGCACAACGUUCGAAUACAUAUCGUCAAUGGAGCAAUCGUGUAAGAUUAGCUUACAUCAUGAGUAUUACAUGUGUACUCUUUUGGCUAUUAUUUAUUGGUCAUCGACUUAUACUAUAUAGUACUAGCAAUGGAAAAUGUGGUCCUUUGACAGGCUUCUAUGCUUAUUUUGAUAAUUAUAUUGAAGUUGUUUUUACAGCAAUAUGUACACCAAUAAUCAUGGUUAUACUUGCUUAUUUAUUAAUAAAAAGUGUCCGAGAUGUUAUUCAACGGCGCAUUGUCCCUGAUAAUAAUGUGGCUCCGAUAACUGUUACAAAACGAUCAGUUCUUCAACAGAUUGAUUCUCGACUUACAUUCAUGCUUAUAUUACAAUCAAUCAUUGCUAUAACAACAUAUACACCAUAUGCGGCUGAACUUAUUUACACAAAUAUAACUCAAUAUUGGCCAAAGUCACCUUUACAACUUGCUAUAGAAAAAGUCAUCGUUGAAUUCAUUCAUUUAGUGUCGUACACAUUUUUUGCAACUAGUUUUUAUGUAUCACUAAUCUCAAAUAGUGGUUUUCGUCGACAAUUUCAAAGCUUCUUUAGAAAACCAAAACCAGAUGAGUCUACAAUUCAUAUAAAUACUAUUUUGCGUACAAAUACAAUGAUUAAUAUUGAACAGAAAUAA